GGCGGACACAGCAGUGAUGAACGCCCCGCAACAACCAUCCCCCCCUGAGUGCUUCAUCUGUAAGAAAGCCGCAAGAUACCGCUGCCCGGCCUGUCAGACGCGCACAUGCAGCCUCGAGUGUGUCAAGCAGCACAAGGAGCGAACGGGCUGCACGGGGCAACGCGAGAGGGUCCAGCACGUCGCCGCCAGCAGCUUCACCGACACUGACCUUCACCGAGAUUUCGUCUUUCUCGAGGAGGCCCUCCGCGCCGUCGAGGCCGCCAGACGCGCCAGGGAGCGGAGAUCGCCACAAUUGCAGCCACAGAGGGCUCGUGCGCACGGUAUGCAAGCACGUGGCAAGACAUCCACUCAUUCAUCAUCGCACGUUGUGUUUGUGCUUGUCAUGCCAGGUAACGCAUCGCAGCGGCAGGUUCGACGGAAGGGGCAUCGAUCACUUACUAGGAGGGGAGGAGGGCGACCGAACUUCUCAGACCCUCGAAGAGCACCUCGGCAAAGUGGAGUGGCUGAGGAGAAGGGCAGAAGGGCAGAAUCAGUCAGUGGGAAGCAGGCGGACGGCAAGAAUGAACCUCGGAGCGAGAUGGCGGAUGUCGAUUGAUAGCUGGCUGGCUGGCUGGGUGCAGAGGCAGGCGACCAUCUUUUUUUGGGCCUUGUACAGAGGAGGGGUGGCAUAGUGUCUGUCCGUCAGAUCUGAUAGUUGUGUGGGCACGAGUGACUUUCGGUGAUAUAUUGCAGCGUAUUGUGUGUGGACCUUCGUGGUGGCUGUGAAGGCCGACCUUUCCCGUUCCCUCACAUGACAAACAAAAUUGAC